ACCCCAGAAAGCUCUAAAAACAGAACGCGGGCUAGUGUAAACUUCGAAAACUGUCAAUUGAAAACCAACGCUUCCUUUUAAAUAAAAGUCUAACAGGGAAAUUUCGACACAUAUGUGGAAUUAACGCUCUGUCGAUGCUGUUCCACCACAGAAGAGCGAAGCUGUGCCUCUGAGCUGGUAAAAAACUAGCUGGCUAACACACCAAGCUAACAGCUAAAGCUGCUACAGCUGCGCAGUUUCGUUUCACAAAAAACUCCCAAACUGACUCUGAUCAGCCAAGUCUCUUUACUUCACCCCUGUUUUACUACUAAAACAUAUUUUGGAGAGUGGCAUGGGCCGACAUUACCAAACUUUGAUAGCUGACUGCUGCUAGCUACAAGAAAGUCAAGAGCCAUAAUGAAGCGAAGAGCCGAAGCAACGUCAGCGCCACCACAGGCGACAAAGAGGCGUCGCGAUGACAGCAGCUCAGAUGAGUCACAAUUAUCCAGACAAGACUCUAGCCAAAAUGACUCCCUCAGUGACCAGGAUGAUCACAGACCAGGGUUCUCCAUGCCCUCCAUAUCAUCCUUUGAUGGCCAAGACACAGACUCCCCCACACAGAGCUCCUCCAAGUUCUCUAUGUACAACAGUGUGUCACAGAAGCUCAUGGCCAAGAUGGGUUUCCGUGAAGGCGAGGGUCUGGGGAAGUUUGGCCAGGGACGCAAGGAGAUUGUGGAGGCCUCUACCCAGCGAGGUAGAAGAGGUCUCGGCCUCACACUACAGGGCUUCCAGGGGGAGCUCAAUGUAGAUUGGCAUGAUGAACCAGAGCCCAGCGCAAUAGAGAAUGUAGAAUGGUUCCCAGAAUGCACCACAGAGAUUCCAGAUGCAGAUGAGCUGAGGGACUGGAUGGUUCUGGGAGAUAGAAAACUUAAGAUUGAGGAUGAGACAGAGUUUUGCACUGAAGAUCUCCUGCACACUCUUCUAAGGUGCAAGACAGUAUUUGAUAACCUGGAGGGCGAGGAGAUGAGGCGAGCUCGGACACGCUCCAACCCUUACGAGACAAUCAGAGGAGGUAUCUUCCUCAACAGAGCAGCUAUGAAAAUGGCCAACAUCGACUACUGCUUCGACCAUAUGUUCACCAACCCAAAGGAUUCACAAGGGAAACCUCUGACAAAGGACCGCGAGGGGGAGCUGCUGUACUUCGGUGACGUCUGUGCGGGGCCUGGAGGCUUUUCAGAGUACAUACUGUGGAAGAGACGCUGGCAUGCCAAGGGUUUUGGCAUGACACUGAAAGGACCCUGUGACUUCAAACUGGAAGAUUUCUAUGCAGCGCCAAGCGAGCUGUUCGAGCCUUACUACGGUGAGGGAGGGGUGGACGGGGAUGGUGACAUCACUCGGCCAGAAAACGUGACUGCCUUUCGAAACUUUGUCCUGGAGAGUACAGAAAGAAGAGGGCUUCACUUCCUCAUGGCAGAUGGGGGUUUCUCUGUGGAAGGCCAGGAAAACAUCCAGGAGAUCCUGAGCAAACAGCUGCUGCUCUGUCAGUUCCUCACUGCCCUCUCUACACUCAGGACAGGUGGCCAUUUUGUCUGUAAGACUUUUGACCUCUUUACUCCCUUCAGCGUGGGUUUGAUCUACCUGCUCUACCUCUGCUUCGACAGGAUCUGUCUCUUUAAACCCGUCACCAGCAGGCCUGCCAACUCUGAAAGGUACAUAGUGUGCCGCGGUCUGAAGCCCGGUUCUGAGGCUGUCAGGGAGUACAUGUUCAAAGUCAACCUGAAACUGAACCAGCUGAGGAACACAGAUAGAGAUGUUACAGAUGUGGUUCCCCUGGGCAUCGUCAAGGACGACACUGAUUUCUAUCAGUUUAUGGUCAACUCCAAUGAGAGCCACUGUGCAGUCCAGAUUAAGGCCUUGGCGAAGAUCCACGCUUAUGUCAUGGACCCGAAACUGUCAGAGACGAGGCAAGCCGACAUCAGGAAGGAGUGUCUGAAACUCUGGGGUGUCCCAGACAAGGCCAGGGUGGCUCCUGCUUCCUCAGACCCAAAGUCAAAAUUCUAUGAGCUGAUUAAGAGUUCCGAUGUGGAGUCGUUCCAGUGCAAGCUCACGCCUCUCAACUCCAGCACGCUCGAGAAGUUGCGUCACAUCCUGGACCACAGGUGCAUUGUGGCAGGUGGAGAGCAGAUCUUUCUUCUAGCACUAGGGAAGUCUCAGCAAUACACAUGGGAUGGGAAGAUGCCUGUGCGCUGGAGGAAACUGGAGAAUUUCAAGCUAGAGCUGCCAAGAGACACACUUCUGAGUGUGGAGAUCGUCCAAGAGCUGAAGGGCGAGGGAAAAGCUCAGCGGAGAAUCAACGCAGUUCACGUAAUGGAUGCACUGAUAAUCAACGGCACUGAUGUGAGAGAUCAGCACUUCAACCAACGGAUUCAGAUGGCUGAGAAGUUUGUGAAGGCAGUGGCCAAACCAAGCAGACCAGACAUGAACCCUAUCAGAGUGAAGGAGGUGUACAGGCUGGAGGAAAUGGAGAAAAUCUUUGUCAGACUAGAGAUGAAGAUAACAAAGAGUUCAGGAGGAGUCCCGCGUCUUUCCUACACCGGCAGAGAUGACCGACACUUCCUUCCCACAGGCCUUUACAUCAUUAAGACUGUCAAUGAGCCGUGGACGAUGGCGUACAGUAAGAACUCCAAGAUGAAGUUCUUUUAUAAUAAGAUAACCAAGGAGUCCACCUAUGAAAUGCCACCAAACUCUGCUGCUCCCUUCCAUGUCUGCCACUCUGAGCGUCUCUUCUGGGCUUGGGUGGACGGGGUCAUAGUUCACGAUUCCCAGACCCGGAUGGAUCCUGAAAAGCUUUCGAAAGAAAGUGUGUUGUCCUUCAUCCACCAGCAUUACACACCCUGAAAUACUCACAGGGCCCAGAACUCCACCAGCUGCAACCUGAAUACAGAAUGCACUAAAUCAUAGAGGACAUAGAGCCUCAGGAAAUGUUAUAAUGCAGCUUAUUAAUUAAUAUUUUUCUGCCAGUGAAAGAAGGAUUAUCAAAAAUACUUUACAGCUAAUUGAUGUUUUAAUUAAUCCCUGUUAAUAUCAAUUAAUAAGCUGCCUGCUGCUAGGUCCUCUAGCUCCUCUGUAUUAUGUUGCGUAGAGAACUUCUCAGAAUUACGCCGGUUGUAACUGGAGCUCUGGAGCAGAAAGUGAUGAAUUGUUUGCUGCUAUCUGCAGCGGUGACAUCUGGACACCUUGAAAGCAACAGACAUUUGACAAACCACUCUGUCUCUCUGCCUUUUCCACUGCCCUUGGCUCUAUGAAUUGUAAUAAGUGAGACUCACCUCAUAGGACAAUAUGAAGACAGAAAGCUGCUGCCAUUGUCUCUACAUUGAAUUGCAUGUCCCUGUAGAUCCAGUUUUUAUGGUUCCUUAGUCCACGUCGUGCUUGUGUGUUUGCAUAUGUCACAGUAACAAUGAUAGAUAGGGUUAAACUAUGCAUCCAUAUCUGUAAACGCAGUCUUGCUUGCCUCGCUUUACAUCUGCUUUAAAUGCAGCUGCUCCUCUUUUUGUGUCUGUAGAGACAAACAUCUGUUUGCCAGCCUUACACAAAAACAGGCUCCUUGUUCCUGCGCCUGCAGAUCUGUACCCGAAGCUUAAAUACGUCAGUCAUAUUCUGAAUUAUCCUCAGCAUCAUUUCAACAUUCAUAUCAGUUACAGAUGUAGCAGCUUUCUCCCGUUCAUACCUGAUAUAUCAUGGAGUGUGUUUUGAAAAUCAGGAAGUUAGGUUUGUUUCUCCCCUGACACCUCUUUGUGAUUGUGCCUAAUAUUGCCUGGGCUGUGCGUUUCUUAAAAGCUGUAAAUGGGUUUUUUUUUUUCUUGUAAAGUUACCUGUCAAUCAUUUGAUGUAAAUAGUAGUGUAGUAAAUAAAUGGGAGAUGCUUAUCCCAGAACGUGCUCUCUGCUGCCUGGUGUUUAUUAUAAAGUUUAGAUUAUUGUUUGAGUAAUGAUCACCACUGAUGGAUUAACCUGCUUCCCGCCAAGUACAGUGCAAAGAGCAGCUUCAGAUCUACGAACCAACUACUAUUGCUGU